AUGUCUUCGAGAUCGCCUGCGGCGUGGGCCGACAACGUGCGAGGAGCAUCGCCAGGCGGUCGAAGCACCAGCGCAAUAUCUACUGGUUCUCAGAACAUUGCCUUUGAGGAUGAGCCUCUACUUGGUGAUCAUGAAUCCCACCAACGAAAUGGUCAAUUUCCCCAACUCAGGCGACGAAGAUCGUCCGUGACGAACACCCUGGCCGCUAUUACGGAUAUCGGAGGGGUCAACAGCAUCAGGUCCUUUGGUCGAAGUUUCCAACGAGCCGCAGCUUUCCCUGAAAUCAUUCCCCAACGACCAUCCUUUGUAUUCGCGCCGGGCCAAGAACCAUUGCAGAACGCCGACGUCGAAGCCUUACCAGCGCAGUCUCUUCUCCGCCAGCAACUCAGUGCGACAUCUUCCGACAACGCGAUCGCUGACACGGAUCAAGAAGACGCCAGCCCCUACAGCCCAACCUUAACACCAAUCGAGAGUCGAUCGGGUGAGAGAAAGCGCCUCGGGAGCGAUCUACAAAGAGUGGUGUCACCCUCAGGCUCUGUACGUAGCAACUCGCUUUUCUCUACGCCUCCACUGCUCUCGGCGCCUGAAAUAUUUGGUAGCUAUGGGUCAGUUCGAAGCUAUGGCAUAGUUGGGGAUCUUGAAUCGGAAGCGAGCCAUGCUUCCAUGAGAGAAGCUGCAGAGCUAUGGCGGCAACAACACCAGUCGGGUGCCAACGUGCCGGACGGCGAAAGGCCCCCCAUAUUAGUGAAAGAGGUAGAACAGGAUGGCAAUAUUGUUUUGGCUGUCUCGGGCCAGUCAACUCUGCCACAGACAGUUGUCAAUUCCACGAACGUUUUGAUCGGGGUUGGGCUUCUCAGUUUACCCAUGGGACUGAAAUAUGCCGGUUGGGUUGUCGGCCUUAUUGCCUUGUGUCUUUGUGCUGGGGUUACGAGCUGGACAGCAGGGCUUCUGUCCAAAUGCAUGGACCUCGACUCUACGAUCAUCACAUUUUCAGAUAUUGCUUUCAUCUCGUUCGGUAGGAAGGCCCGCGUUGCUACUGCCGUACUUUUCACGCUCGAACUAUUAGCUGCCUGCGUUGCGCUUAUCGUGCUCUUUGCCGACAGCUUAGCUCUAUUGUUUCCUGGGUCGUUAACGACAACGGAAUUCAAAGUUGUUUGCACGCUGAUUCUGAUACCCCUUCAAUUCGCUCCUCUUUCCCUGCUUAGUGUUACUAGUUUCGUUGGUAUCUUCUGUUGUCUAGGCAUUGGCAUUAUCGUUAUCCUUGACGGUCUACUCAAACAGACAACCCCAGGUUCGCUUAUUGAGCCGGCCGUGACAUAUCUUUUCCCGGCAAAUUGGUUAACAUUGCCGCUAUCUUUCGGCUUGCUCAUGUCACCAUGGGGUGGACACAGCGUAUUUCCUAAUAUAUACCGAGAUAUGCGUCACCCGCACAAGUAUAAGAGAGCACUCGGUUACACUUGGUCAUUUACAUUGUUCGUGGAUGCGUCUAUUGCUAUUGUAGGAUUGUUGAUGUUUGGUGACGGUGUACGUGACGAGAUCACAGCCAACAUUCUCGAAGCUACGGGCUACCCACACGUACUCAAUGUGCUGCUUGUCAUCUUCAUCGCCAUAAUACCGCUUACGAAAGUUCCACUCAACGCAACUCCAAUCAUUACCACCGCUGAGGUGGUAUUCGGGCUUCGACAACAAGUCGUUGCAGAGGAAUCACCUCUGGUCGGUCUGUCUAGUACAUCUCGAGGGCUUCUAAAGGUUUUGAUUAGGAUUGUCACCUUACUAGUCUUCCUGGGCAUCGCCAUUCUCUUCCCCGCCUUCGAUUCUAUUAUGGCAUUUAUGGGAAGUGCUCUAUGCUUCACCAUCUGCGUUACACUUCCGCUAGCAUUCUACCUCAAGCUUUUUGGCCAUGAAAUUACCACUAGGGAACGCGUUAUCUGCUGGUCUGUUAUGUCUUUGUCCUUUAUACUCUCCGUCAUAGGCACCGUCUGGGCUUUCCUACCCAAACACCUCAUUGGUGCCGAAUAA